CUCAGUUCAUGCCGGCCCAAGAUGGCCGAGGCUCGGGCUCUGGCGGCGGGGAGUCACGAAAGGGAUAUGAUGACAAAUUACGUUUGAACUUUUUUUUUGACUCACUCAUAUAUUAAAAGAAAUCAACGCCCCCUUUUUUUUCUCUUCCACCCCUUUCGCUCUUCCACCUCGCCUCUCAGUUUCCCCCCUCCCCUCUCCUCCUCCUCCUCCUCCUCCCCUCUUUUAUUUUUCUCCGGUUGUGUGUUUUUGUCCAAAACCUUUCCAAUCCGUCAAGACAUAGCAUGAUAGUACCAGGAAGAAAAUGGGCGAGAAGCACGAACUGCGUCUUAAGAGCCCAGUGGGUGCGGAAGCUGCUGUGUAUCCCUGGCCCUUACCGGUCUAUGACAAACAUCACGAUGCUGCUCAUGAAAUUAUUGAAACCAUCCGAUGGGUUUGUGAAGAGGUCCCUGAUCUUAAGCUUGCUAUGGAAAACUACGUGCUAGUGGACUAUGAUACCAAAUGCUUUGAAAGCAUGCAAAAGCUAUGUGAGAAGUACAACCGGGCCAUGGAUAGCAUUCAGCAGUUGUGGAAAGGGACAACACAGCCUAUGAAACUGAAUACUCGGCCUUGCAAUGGCCUGCUACGACAUAUUCUGCAACAGGUCUACAACCACUCAGUGACUGAUCCAGAGAAACUGAACAAUUAUGAACCCUUUUCUCCAGAAGUUUAUGGAGAAACAUCGUUUGAUUUAGUUGCCCAAAUGAUUGAUGAGAUCAAGAUGACUGAAGAUGAUACAUUUGUUGAUUUGGGAAGUGGAGUGGGUCAAGUCGUGUUGCAAGUUGCUGCAGCUACACAGUGCAAGCAUUACUAUGGUGUUGAAAAGGCAGAGAUACCAGCAAAAUAUGCUGAGGCAAUGGAUACAGAGUUCAGGAAAUGGAUGCGGUGGUAUGGGAAGAAAUAUGGAGAGUACACUCUGGAAAGAGGUGACUUCCUUUCUGAAGAAUGGAAAGAAAAAAUUGCAAGUACAAGUGUUGUGUUUGUGAAUAAUUUUGCCUUUGGUCCCGAGGUGGAUCACCAGCUGAAGGAACGAUUUGCAAACAUGAAGGAAGGUGGCAAAAUUGUUUCUUCCAAGCCCUUUGCACCAUUGAAUUUCAGAAUAAAUAGCAGGAAUUUGAGUGAUAUUGGCACUAUCAUGAAGGUUGUUGAGUUAUCACCACUUCGAGGCUCAGUUUCAUGGACUGGAAAACCAGUUUCCUACUACCUGCAUACAAUUGACCGGACCAUACUUGAAAACUACUUUUCUAGUCUCAAAAAUCCAAAACUCAGGGAGGAACAAGAGGCAGCUAGACGUAGACAACAAAAGGAAAACAAAGAAAAUAAGAGCAGUACGACAACUCCAACCAAGGAUUCUGGUCCUGAAGAGGAGAAAAUUGGGGUAACCGGAAUUAAAAAAUCAGCUUCCCCUGCUAAACCACGCAAGAGCAAGAUAAUUAACAAAGGCAAGAGAAUUGCAGUUAAAAAAAGAGGGCGCCCCAAGAAAAUGAGCACUGCAAUUUCAAAAAGAAAUACAAAGAAAAGCCAAUCUGCACUGGAUCUUUUACAUGCUCAGACUCUAUCGGCAUCCUCGCCUCAGGAUGCAUAUAAGUCACCUCAUAGUCCAUUUUACCAACUACCUCCCAAAGUGCAACGCUAUUCACCCAAUCAGUUUUUACUGGGUCCUACACCACCUGCACUACAGAAGCUGCUAGAGUCUUUCAGGUUGCAGUAUCUGCAGUUUAUGGCAUAUAUGAAGACACCUCAGUACAAGACAAACUUGCAGCAAUUACUGGACCAGGAAAAGUUGAAGAACAUGCAUUUAACAGGGACAGCACAGCAGCUGUUUAGACAUUGUCAGACGCAGAAAGAAGAGGUCCGCCUUCUUUUUCAGCAAAAACUUGAAGAGUUGGGUAUAAAGGCCAUGACAUUCAAUGAUUUACUCCAAGCACAGAAAGAGAUUAUUGCGCACAACAGGCAGCUAAAAGAACAGACAAAGCAGCUGGAAAAGGACAACGGUGACCUCAGGAAACAAAGUCUGCAGCUGCUGAAAGCGCGAUGUGAAGAGCUUAAUUUGGAUUGGUCGUCAUUGUCUUUGGACACCCUGCUGAAGGAGAAACAAGCCUUGAAGAGUCAGAUCUCAGAAAAACAGAGGCACUGCUUAGAGCUUCAGAUAAGCAUUGUGGAGUUGGAGAAGUGUCAACGACAGCAAGAACUAAUACAGCUGAAAUCUUACAUGCCAUCAGAUGAUGUACCCCUUCAACUACGUCACAAAAACAAGAAUUAUGAAAUGGAUACAGAAAGAAACAGAUUUCAACUUGAAAUUGAAUGUCCUAAAAUUCCAAUGGGAAGUAUGAAUGGUUUGAGCCCAGAACUCUCUAUUAAUGGAAGUGCAACUCCUUUUGAAAUUCACAGUUCUUUAAGCCGGCCUUCUUCCAAAUCCCAUAAUGUAUACAACACUGCGUUUCCAGAUCAGGAGAAUGGACUGUGCCUCCCAAAUUUUCCGAGCAAACACAAAGUGGACAGAUCCUCAAGUCAUUCUCUCCCUGACUAUACCAGAUUUUCUCCAGCCAAAAUCGCACUUCGACGACAUUUGAACCAGGAUCAUACAGGAGGGGGAAAACUUGCACAUGAAGUACAACUGGCCUGUGCCCAGAGGAUUGAAAACCUGAAAGAAACUGGCCUCCCACAUCAGAGUCCAGGAGUUCCUAAUGGUGUUCAGCAUGGUUCCAAUGAACAGCUGCAGCCAUCGUCACCAACGAUCCAGCAGAUGGCAUGUGAGAAAAGUAUAGAGAAGCUUUCUAAAGAGUUUAACAAAAGUCCAGUUAAUAAUUCUGAAACCAUAACCAGCCUACCGAUCAGUAUUCCAUUGAGCACUGUUCAACCAAACAAAUUGCCUGUCAGCAUUCCUUUGGCCAGUGUAGUUCUACCAGUUCGUGCUGAGAAAGCGAGAAACACACCUAGUCCUAUUCAUGUUUCAAAUCGUGACUUAUCGAUGCUUGACAAACAAUAUGGUGCUAAUUAUGGAAACGCAGCUGCAAACAAACCACAGUCUUUGGCUACCUCAGGUUUUUGUUACUCAGCUGGCUCUAUGACAGUCAAUGGAGUCCAUUCUGGUUCUUCCAUCCAGUCAGCACUCAAUAGUCAUGACAAGACAUUAGAAGAGUCUGAUUCCACCAGCGUAGGUAUCCUUGCCAACAGUUCUGCCUUGCAGAGUACAAACUUACAACAUCCAACAAUGCACCUGAUGCAGUCUCGGAAUUCUGAACACAACUGCCCCGCCACACAGCAUUCAGCCAGCCCUAGGCUCUCUGGCUCUCAAAACCCAACAGCCAGUUCCCCAAACGUUGCUGGGGUUUUACAGUAUGCAGACACACAAAAGGCCUUCUCGGAGGUAAUGAAAAAGGAUUUACCAUCAGACCAAGGUGCCUCUGAUCAGGAGAAUGAAUCUAAACGGAGAAUAAUAUUUUCCACUGCAAAUGCUGGAAACAUAAAGCAGCCAGUUUUAAACAAACAAACUUCAGUUGCUUCGGCCAUCAAGUUAGAAUCUGGACAGUCGAUUUCUCAAGAAGGAAAAAAGAAGGGCAGAAGGAAACGUUCUUCUCUGACAUCCAGUUUGAAUGCAGGCAGUUCUCCUAAACGGAAAUCCCUGCUUGCUUCACUUGGCCUUUCUUCAGGAUCUCCUUUGAAUAUAAGUUCCAUGGUCAAUAAUAUCAAUCAACCUCUGGAAAUAACAGCAAUUUCAUCACCAGAAACUUCAGUGAAAAGCUCUCCAGUUCCACAUCAGGAUAAUGAAGGACCUCCAAAUUUGAAAAAGAAGAAAAUGUUUGCAUCUAAUGGUGUUCAUUAUUCACCUCUUACUUCUGAUGAAGAACAAGAGGAGGAAAAUCAACAGAUUAAUGGAAGGAUUGAAAGAAAAAUGACUCAAUGCACUGUGUCGAUCGAGAGUAAAGAUAUUACACCUGUUUGUGGGGAAGGUGACCCAGUUGGAAGUUUAACAAUACGGAAGCAAGGACUCAGUUCCAGUAGUACAGACAACAGCAGUAAAUGGAAGUCCACUUUUUCUCCAAUAUCUGAUAGCAAUUUGACCAAGAACUCUGACAACGGAUCCCAGUCAGCAUCUGCUUUAUGCCAAGCGUCUCCUUUUGGCACCAGGCCUAUUACAGGUAUUUUUAACCAUGUGGUGCCUUCAGUCUCUUCUCAUCAAUUUGGAGCCAAUUUCAGCAAUGUUCCAGUAUCUAGUAGCACAAUAUUAAGCUUUAACCCACUACAGACUGUUCCUACAACUUCCCAGUCAUUUCUGUCUGUCUCUUCUAGUACAUUAUCUUCCACUGAUAGCAGAGUGAGUUCUUACCUUACCCGAGCACCUUCACAGUCUGUGCUUAACCCGCCUCCCCCUAAUAUUUCAUUGCCUCCACCCCCUCCAUUGUUAAAUUCAACUAGUUCUGACCCCUCACUUUUCCGGACUAUGUCUUCUGUUAGCGAUGGAUACUUGCCUCCAUCCAUCUCUUGCUCUUCAACUACUUCGCUUCAAUCUGCUAACACUGCAUUAGCCUUGAAGCUUGCGUCUUUGCAGCCCAAAGCAUCUCACCCGUCUUUCACGGUGCAUCACCCACCUCUGCCACACUCAGCGCUUGCACAGGCAGUACCUCUAAUUCCUCAGUCUGGUACAAAUACAUCUGCAAUGUGGGUCACACUUGGCAUGCAGCCUCCUUACGCUACACAUUUCUCUGGGGUUAAGCCUCGAUAAGAACUUGCGUACUUUAUCAGUCUUAUAAGGUAAUUAGGAAUUCUACCUCAAAACAAUGUGACCUAUGCAAGGACAAUGUGGACCAAGUUCAUCCACUUCCAUCAAACUAAAGGUGCUUGAGUGGCCUGCAAACAUUGUUUUGCUUCUUUACUACUGGAAAAUAAAAUAAAAUAUAUUCUACUGUGAAUUGGUUUUAGUGUUGCUGCAAAAAAAAUUGGCUCCCAUUGUACAGCAUUUUAAAAAAAAAUACUAUUUAUCAUCUUUCCAAGUGAUUGGGGCUAGUCGUUGUUCCAGCAAGCGUGUAGAGGUUUUGAGGUGUGAAGUGCAGCACACACCAGCAUUCAUUCGUUAGCCUGCUGUUGGUGCUAUUUUAAUCAUCACAAACUGUGCCUCUGUGGGUUCUGAUCCCUGGUGCUUAUUAUACUAAAAGGUUGAUUGCUGAACUGUUUGCUGAGAAUUUCUCAGCAACAGUUAAUGUCCUUGUAAUACUUUGCAUCACUUAAGUUUGGUACGAUGCAAAUAUUGCUCAACCUUGAGUUUAUUUUAUACAAGUUUGAUCGUGCUCCUUUCUUCCUCUGCCUCUGGUCUUUUGUAUGUUAAGUGAUAGAUUAUUAUAACAAACUGUCAUCACUGUCAUUCUCUUAAUUUAAUGGUGUUUUAUAGCAUUGUAAAUUGCAAUUGAAACGAUGUAAUCUAAUACCAUUAGAUAAAUUUAUUAUACAUUUGAAUUAUUGCUGUGUGUAAUUUUAAUUGUAAACAAUAGCACAUUGGUUUUCUGGUGAGCUUAGUAUAUAAUGAAGUGUAAAUGUUACCAUUUUCUACACAUUUUGUUUGAAAAAUGUAUUAUGUAUAAACAACCCAAGAAAGCAAAAUAUGAAAAGGAAGACUGAAAUUUAAUGCAGUGGGAUUUCAUAAACUUUUGUCAUUUUAAAAAUGUAUUUUAAACAUUUCUUUUUCACAGUUUUAUACAUUAAUGAUGGGACAUCUUUACUAAUAGUUUUUUAAGAAGUACCUCAAGUUUUUUUUUAAUAUCCUUACAAAACUUUCUGGUUUAGGAAUUCAACAUUGGAUUCUGCUUGAAGCUAAUUUUUUUUCUUUUAUCAAAUAAUUUAAAAAGCUUUUUUUUAAAGGUCUGAAGCAAAGAAAUUGCAGUACUUUUUUUUAAUAUAAUUGUAUUCACUAACCAAACUGCAGUUGAGACCAAUGCCAAGCAUUUUUUUUUGAAGUAUAAUAUGAUUGGAAUCUAUAACUGAGAGUGACUUAGUUUUGUAGGCCAGCCAGAAGCUGUGCUGCCUCUGUAAAGCUGAUUCAUAUGCUUCGUAUUUAUUGCAUUAUAGCACAGAGGAGGCCAUGAUUUUUUUUAAAAAAAAGACUUAAUAUGUUGGAUAAAGUAAACAUAAAAGCUAUAAGGGGAGGUGGGGUCAGGUUGGUAAGGGACUUGUCUUCAAGUUCUGCUGUUUUGAAACCACAUUGCAGUUUAAAAACUGUUGUAUUUUACCUGAGGGAAUUAACUCUUUUUUUUUCUUUGGAAUGUCUAGAAAGUAGUUAUAGUGGUGGUUAUGUGGGAAUUUGAGUUUGUGACUGAGUAAUUGUAAUAAAAUGAAAGCUUGUAAAAGUGUGAGCAGAAAUGUUGGCUUAUUACGUUAUGGGGAUUUGUGGUUCUGCUAAGAUAAAUUGACUUGGAUAUGCAUGCACCUUUAUGCAUGGCGCGCACUAAAAUAGUGACAUGUCUUACAGGUACAUGUUCAGUGCUACAUUAUGCACAAUAUAGUAAAAGUAGUAAGUGUUCCGGUGCAAACACUGGACACCUUCCACUGGUUAUCAGCUUGGGUGCAUAAUCAUAAUAUUUUAACCUUUUACUUGAAGUUAAUAUUUAUUCAAGUUUAAAAUACCAUAAUGUAGUACUACAGAAUUUUACUUCCCUUUCUCCAUUCUGGCACAUUUUUGGGCAAGUUCCUAUGAAAUGUGGCACGAGAGCUUUCUGAGGAAGAAUGAGAUUACCAGAAUGUAAUCUUUGAUUUUCUUCCUUUUUGAAAUAAUUAAGAGAAUAAUUAAGCUAGGAAAUAGUUGACUAAAAUUAGAUCUUUAGUCUGUUGCUGGUACAGAUGCAAUAGUUACCAGGUGUUAUAAACUUGGCUGUUGAGAUACAAGUCAAAUAUGUUAAAUCCAGAGUUCAAUUCUAUUGAAAUAGACACUAAAACAGUUUAAAAAAAAUUAUCCAAGAUUAUGGUCUUUGGUUGGAUUUCAAUCUCUUAAAGAACCUACUUUGUAGAAACCAGUGAUAUUGACUUAACAGCGGAUUGAUAAUUUGGAUAAUACAUUCUGCCUAUCAACUAUCUACGAGAAAGUUAUGAAUCAGUUAUAAAUCUGACUUCCUUUUGUACAAAGUGACAGUGUUCACACUAGUACUUGGUAGAAAGCCAGUUAUGAUAAAACAUCAAAAUAAAUGGCAGGAUGUUCUCAUAAUUAGCCUUAAAUUUGUAGGUAUAUUGAGGUGUAAUUACAUACUGUGAAAACUGAGCCAUAUAACUUAAUAGAGAAAAGAUGCAUUUACGUCAUUUUAUGUCUGUUUCUAGUAAUAAUACAAACUGCUUUACUUAAGCAGACAAAGUCGGUUUGUACAAUCUGUCAGGGGUGCCUCGAGCAUGCAGAAAUUGUAAAUGAGAUUCACCCCUUAAGAAUAAAGCAUCUAUUGUAAUCUGUACACUAUUUAUCGUUCAGUUUAUUGUAAGGAAAAAUGUACAAAGUAAUACCUAUUAUUUUAAUAUAUAUUAUCAAAAUGCCUGAGAUAUAUUAAAAACUAUUACCUAAUUUUCUUUAGUAUAUCUAAAUACUUCGGAGAAUGUUUUUUUUCUGUUUGUAACAAAUUGUGCAUUUUCUAUUUUGGAAAAAAGUAAUCUAACCCGUUCCAAGUGAUUCUGUGAACCAUCACAAGGCACAGAUGACAUUUUACAGCACUGAAAGAUAAUGUCCAUCAUAUGCUGGAUUUUAGAUGUUAAUUAUAUUUUAUAUUUUUCACUUCCCCACAUGCACUUAAGGAUAUCUGAACAUAGUUUUAACAUUUAAAAUGCUUAUGUUGGGAAAAUGUUUGAUACAAAAAUAUUUUAAUCCUCUUUGCACUGCAUCCUGAAUGAGCAUUUAAAGCAAUGCAUCUGUAAAUAACUAAAUUCUUGUUUUAUAAAAUAUUACAAUUUCUUGUAAAUGGUGCAUCAAGAAUCCGGUUUCAGGUGAGAUUACAUGCUUACUAGAAAUUAACCACACAGGUAAUACAAAUUAAAAUGCAAUAAAUAUGAAGUGUUGUGAUCUUGGAAUAUGAUAAGGGGAUUACAAUAUAGUGUUAAAACUCCUGAUUAUUUCGGGCACAUAUUAUCCCCAAAAUGUUUACAUACAGGAGUUGGAAUUAAUAAUUUUGCAAAUUUCUUUAAAAAUGUACAAGAAUCUCAAUUUUGUAAGUGUUUAGCCAUUUAACUCCCCUGUAAAGUCCUCCAUAUUAGCUCUUAACAUCUCCAUAGAUUUGCAUCAUUUUGGACCAUUGGAUCAGAAGGUUACAUAUCCUGUGUAAGAUGGACGUUACCUUUAUAUAUAUAAAAAAAACAAGUGGAGGAUGAACCAGAUGUUCUUUGCACUUGUACCAUAUAGUCUGUCUUUUGUGGCUAUAGUUUAUCUUGUACAAUGUUGCUUGGUGUGGAAGGACAAAGAAGCUAUCCUAAAUAAACACAAUGCUAAGGAAAUAAAAUCUGUGGUCAUUUAAAAACUUGUCGAAUAUACACAAGUCAUCCAGUAUGUACAGAUGAGAAUCUGAUGGCGCUCAGGAAUUGUCUUGUAACUAUUUUGGCAUAGCUGUAGAAUUUGAAAUAUAACUAGAUACUAACAUUAAUAGCCAGUUCAUUUAGUGCUUCAAAUUUUCCACAAUGUAGACAGUGCAUAUACUGUGUGGUAGGGAAAGGAAUGCUUUUGUGAUUACAAUUGCCUAGUGCUUAUUAAAUUUUGUGAAAUUUGUGAAGGUUAAAUUGGCAUUCUAAAGAACUUGUAGUGUUUGUAAUGUUAUAGUAGUAAUGCUAUUUUUUGCCAUUCCACGAGUCUCUGGGGUUGUAAAGUACUGUAAAUCCAUUUCAGUUGCAACUACUAAAUUGUGUUUUUUUUUGAGGAAUAACAUUUCCUCAACUUGGCAGUUUUGACAUUUUACCCCAGCUUACUCUUGAUCUUUGUCUCUAGUGUUUAUUUUGCCAAGAAUUUUAAUGCAUUUGUUUUUUUUUGCUUUUAAUAAA